AUCCUGAGUCCUUUUAUGGGCAUUUACGUCACGCCGCCGCCUGGCUUGGGAACUCCAGAAAUGGAAAAGCCGGGAGGCAGCGGAAGAUGGGAGGCCCAUAUAAAAAGCCCGGCUGCGGCUCCCGAGCUCUUUGCUUACAAACACAAGGAGGGAGAGGAACAGCGAGAGACAGAGGCCCAGAGGAGACCCCGGCCGCCCAAGGCCUGGCAGCACCUGAGGCCGGCAGCAUCCUCCUCCCUUGCCCCAGGCGUGGCCUUUGGGGACCAGGAAUUAUCCAUCCAUCCAUCCAUCCAUCCAUCCAUCCGAGAACUAUCCCUCCAUCCUUGGCUGCAGAGGGGAUUUUUUCUCCCUCCCUUCUUGCUCUUCUCCUGGGCUUGGGACAUGUUGAACCUCAUGGAUUUCUCCCACCAGCAGGACCCUCUGGGUGCCAAGCGCCGGGCGAGACCCUCGGGAGAGGAGGAGGAGGAGCAGGCCCACAUUCCUGGACAGCAGCAACAACAACAACAACAACAGCACCAGGAGCAGACAACGAGAGAAGGGGUCCAGGAUUACCUGCCAGGUGACUUUAUGGGAGCCCCAAUGAACCCUGAAAUGGCCGAUUACUACUUCCUCUCUGGACAGUCUUCUCCGCCAGUCAGCUACACAGGGAGCUUCUUCAUCAAGACAGAGCAAUGCCAGGACCAAGAGUCCCUCUUCAACUUGAUGUCCGGCAUCCUGGGUCUGUCUCCGUUCUCUGCUUCGGAAGCUCACCGGAGGCAACUGGACGGCGUCUACAGCGUCCCAGAAGCCAUACAGAGCCACUUGGACCUCUACUCCACCUGCCAGCCUGACCUGAACAUCUCGGUACAGCCCUCCUUAGCAGACGAAGGCUAUUCCACCUUCUCCAGCUCCAGCAGCAUCCACCAGCAAGUCCAGACAUCUCCUGACGUACAGGACUCCUCCCAAUGCUUGUUCAAUGAAAAACUGUUGGAUAGGAAGCAGGACAUUAAGCUCUCUUGCAUCUCACCAUCCCUGGAGAAGUUCAAAGCCCCUUGCUCCCAUUGGGAUCCUCUUGGUCAGCCCCAGAGUUACCUCCCAGCGGAAUAUCCUACAUCGGAGGCUUUCCAUCCUCUAGAACCAAGUCCAGCCAUGUUCUCUAAAACGGAGAACAUUCUGUCGGUCAGCUGCCAGUCUGAACUCAACAACCUUCCAGAACACACAAGCUUUGGACCCAACUUGGAUUUCAGCUGCCACCCAGAGACCUUUCCAGCCCACCCCCAAAUCCCCAGUGACUUUGUGGAGCCCAAGCUCUCCGGUCUGCCUCCACAGCUCAUGCAAGAAUUUGAGUCCGCCUUACCCCAACCUGAAAUCCUUCCAAAUUUAAUGAACCCCAACGACCAAAGGUUGCACAUCAGCCACUCAUCGCCUUCUGCAGUCUCCAUGACGGACUUUAUGUCUCAUGCCCCCAACCCCUCGGUCGCCACUCUAGGACCCAACACUAAAACCGCCCCCGGUCUCCUGGCCGAUCCAAAGAAAAAGUCCCGCCGGGGGAAAUGUUCCUCUAAGUGCUUCUGCCCCAAACCUCACGCCAAGGCUUUCGCUUGUCCGGUGGAGAACUGCAUCCGGAGCUUUGCCCGCUCGGACGAGCUCAACCGGCAUCUCCGGAUCCAUACUGGACACAAGCCCUUCCAGUGCCGCAUCUGCUUGAGGAACUUCAGCCGCAGUGACCACUUGACCACACAUGUCCGCACCCACACGGGGGAAAAGCCUUUCUCCUGCGACGACUGUGGACGGCGCUUUGCCCGAAGCGACGAGAAGAAGCGGCACAGCAAGGUCCACCAGAAACAGAAAGCCAGGGCCGAGGAGAAGCUGAAAGGCCUUGGCUUCUACACUGUUGGACUUUCCUUUGGGACACGCUAGAAGCCGCCAAGGGAUCCAGUAAAGACAUUGGUUUCGGGGGCACAAAGGGCUUGGGGAGCAUUUGAUACUCAGGUUAGAGAAGUUGUCUCCCAGAUGGUUGCUUUUUUGGGAAACAGUUGACCAUGGUCAUCAUUCAUCUGAGGGAGUCAUUGUGCAAAGGGCAUCCAAAUAGUUGGACGGAUGAAAGGAAGUAGAGAAAUAGUUGGAUGGAAGAUGGAAACAGAGAAAUAAUGGUAUGGAUGAAAUGGAGCAUGGCUUCCAUUUAAAUCGUCCCAUAUCUGGUGGCCUUCAAGCAACAAGAUGGACUAACUAUGCAGCUAUUAUGGGAUUUUCAGGCCUUGAAAUAGUUGGUUAAAUGGAUGAAAGGCAACAGAGAAACAGCUGGAUGGAUGGAAUUGAGUGUGGCUUCCAUUUAAUGUCAUCCUACAGUUGAUGGUCUUUGGGCAACAAGUCAUGGAGAUAUUUGGGGAUUUCUACCACCAGAUCCAUGGACAGCUUCCAAUGUUGCUGAAGGCAACUAGGCGAUGGUCUACUUUUUCCAAAAUGCUUUUGUAUUUUUGAGGUUUGGUUAUAUAUCUGAAUACAUAUAUAUGCAUCUAUGUACUUAUAUAUACAUACGCUGUAUGUCACUUGGAUAUAUAUAUAUAUAUAUAUAUAUAUAUAUAUAUAUAUAUAUAUAUUUGCAUAUGUAUAUGUAUCUAAAUGACCGCCUCCAUUUUAUACAAGAACAAGACCACUUUACAAAUGAUUUUUAAUGGACUAAAUCCGCAGUCCUUUUCAUAAGCACUUUAAUGGACCUUCCAGGUUGUGGGGGUGUCAUUUUUAUUAUUGUCGUUGUUCAUGCUAAGGAUACAAUUUCUCAUGUAAAACUCACGGGGAGGGCAUUUUUGAAGUGUAUAAAAGGCCACAUAAUGCAUUGCUUUGCUAAUGAUCGAAAAAUCGGUUGUUCAGGCAUGUUGCUUGAUGGUAGUUUUUGUACAUAAUUGUGACAGAGGGAUUUUUUUGUGGUUUUUUGAAUGUAAAUAUAUAAUAUAUAAAUCCCUCUCUCUUUCUUUGUAAAAAACAGAAUGUGUCAAGGUUAUUACAAAGCUGUGUUUAUUUUUGCAAAUAAACAAAACUGGUUAUCCUGAA